AUGGCGAAACGCAAGGCACCUGAAGAACUCUCCACUAAUGCGAAUACUAUCAAAGCUCGCAACUGCGUCUCCAACCUUACUGAAGAUGAGAAGGCUGUUCACUUAGCACUCAAGGCUGACCAUGCUGAUCUGAGCUACUACUUAAAGAAGUUAUAUAAGUCUGCAAAGUAUAUUGCUGCCUCUACUGAAGACAAGACAUGUCUACAGAAUGAAUUGAAGGUUGAGCGUAUUCGUGUUCAGACUGAGAAGGGUACCCAUGCAUCUUGCAUUGUGAAUCAGAAAGUCAAGAAUAUUAGCGCCUCUUCUUCUUCUCCACAAGCCCCACCAUCUACUCCGCCACAACUUCUGUCUGAGCUUGCUGCAUUUGGGGGUAUCUCAAGUAUCCCAAUCGAUGACGAUCAUAACAGUGAAUGGGAGGAUACUGAGGUUGAAGACGAUUUGGCGUUGGAGCUUAUGUUACGGCGCGACGAUAUUUUAAAUGACGAGGCUGUUCUACCAGAUGAGCUUUCUGAUGAAGAGAUCACUAGCAUCCAGGCUCUCUUAACUCAAGCGCGCAUUGAUGCCCAUGAAGAGUCCAAUUUCCGCAAGUGGCAACAUUUCUGGGAUAGCUGUAUCCACUCAUAUACGAGAAAGGCUGGAAAGCUGACAAAGAAGCCUGAGCGUCUCUUUGAGUAUAUGCCGUAG